AUGCAGUACAGUAUAACGAUGGAGAAACAGGGAAGAAUCACAAAACGAAUUCUGCUAUCUAAAAUAGCUCAGAUUUUUGACCCGUUAGGCCUUCUCAGUCCCGUUUUGAUCAACGCAAAGUGCAUGAUGCAACAAAUUUGGCAAUUCCAAACCAGUUGGGAUGAAACACUACCGCAACAAUUUCAGGAUAAUUGGGAAGAGUACAGCAGUGCAUUAGCGAAGAUAAACGACGUGCACAUACCGAGGAACAUAAACCCAGGAAACUCCAACCGAAGGUUCGAUCUCAUCGGAUUUGGAGAUGCAUCUGAAAAAGCGUACGGCGCUUACCUAGUAGCGCCAGUAAAAACUAUUUCGCUUCCGAGGCUCGAGCUCAAUGCAGCGCUUGUGCUCGCGAAGUUGUGCAAUAUAGCGGUUCGAGCAUUUCCGAACAAAAUCGAAAGCGUCUAUCUGUGGAGCGAUUCAACAAUAGUAUUGAGUUGGAUAGCUUCAUCACCAAACCUUCGCAAAACUUAUGUCGCCAAUCGAGUGACUAAAAUUCAAAGCUUAACCAGGGAAGCUGUAUGGCGUCACGUUCCGUCAGCGCAAAACCCAGCGGACUUGAUAUCAAGAGGCAUGACGGUCGAGGACUGGGCGACUAAUAAUCUGUGGUGGCAUGGCCCUACUUGGCUUACAACCGGAGAAUGGCCUGAACGCCCAACCAUCGACGUCGAUACAUCGGAUAUGAGGACGCCGACGGUGUUGAUUUCAGCAAAAAAUACAACGGACGUGUUGAGAAAAUUCUCGACUUACGAAAAGCUCGAAAGAGUGGUUGCAUAUUGUCUUCGGUGGAAGUUCAACACACUUGGAACAAAACGAAAUGGUUCCCUAACCGUGAAAGAACUCGAGCAUGCGGAAAAGGCGAUUGUUAAAAUGACUCAACAAGAGGCAUUCCUACCUGAAUACAAAGCUCUAAAACAGAACAAGCAAAUUCCGAAAGGUAGUAAGCUAGUAGCUCUGAGCCCCUUUUUAGAUGGAGAAGGAAUUAUUCGCGUAGGCGGAAGAUUGUCAAAUGCCAACAUUCCCGAAACUCAGAAAUAUUCUAUGGUUUUGCCAGAUCGACAUCAUGUGACAACGAUAAUGAUGAGAAGAGAGCAUUUGCGUCUACACCACUGUGGACCGGAACAAUUAUUGCAUUCGAUGAGACAGAAUUAUUGGGCUCUCAGCGGAUGCAGAGAAGCUCGGAAAAUUACCAACAAUUUCAUCCAGUGUUAUCGCAGUAGACCGAAAACUCUGGACGUCAGGAUGGGUGACUUGCCCAGCAAGCGCGUGCAGGGCUCGCUAAAACCAUUUACAAAUACCGGCGUGGAUUAUGUAGGGCCAGUGCAGGUGAGAGAGAGUCGUAGACGAGGUAGAGUGCACAUACGAAAGGCCUGGAUCGCGGUCUUCACUUGCCUCGCUACCAAAGCUAUGCAUCUCGAAUUAGUAUCUGAGUUGACAACAGAAGGCUUUUUGGCAACAUUGCGCAGAUUCGUGGCAAGAAGAGGAAUCUGUUCGACGAUAUUCUCUGACAACGGAUCCAACUUCGUCGGAGCGUCGAGAGAAUUAAAAGAAGUAUACACGUUUUUGGAGAACGAGAAGGACAGAGUAUCAGAUGAUUUAUCGCGUCAGCGUAUUGACUGCCAAUUCAUUCCACCAAGAGCUCCACACUUCGGUGGGCUAUGGGAGGCGGCUGUCAAGUCAGCAAAAAAGCAUUUGAGUAUUGUAACAAAAGGUCUUAUCUUCACAUUUGAAGAAUAUUAUACGCUAUUGGUCGAAAUCGAAUCAAUUUUAAAUUCCCGACCACUCAUACCACUCUCAAGCGAUCCUAACGACACAUCAGCGUUAACUCCUUCCCACUUCCUAGUAGGGGACUCACUCUUGUUACCGGCCGAACAUAGCUAUCUCGAAAAAUGGUAUCUCCAAGGUGACAAUCUUAAGGUGGGCACACUUGUUCUUCUGAAAGAGGACAAUGUGGCACCGCUUCGAUGGCCUCGUGGACGAGUCGUGGAGGUCCAUGUAGGAAAGGACAACAUCGUCAAAGUGGCUACCGUUCGAACUUCGAGCGGUCUCUUUAAAAGAGCGGUUAAAAAACUUUGCCCCUUGCCGCUUGAAGAGGAUGGCAGCAAGGACAACAUCGAACCAGAACAAUGA